AAGGAUUGACGACGAAGUAAGCGCUGGGGUCAUAGAGGAGGUGGGAAAGGAAUAUUUGUAGCCUUACAUUUCAUAAUUUGGACCUAGACUGUAGUAUUGGGUAUAUAACGUCAAUAUAUUAUUGGAUUGCUGGAUUGAGCAGACCCCAGCGGCCCGGGCCUAAGUCCGCGGUCUUGAGUUAAGUGCUUGGGAGGGCAAAAAGCACGUCAGUUGGGCUCCCAACAAGUAAGAAAGCUGCCUGCGAUAUCGGAGUUCGUCAUGGGCGACAGUAGAGAUUCCCGCAGCCCUGACAGCUCGUCUGUGUCGUCUCCGCCCCCUGGACAACGUUCGCCCCCAUUGGGUCCCUCGGCUGCUUCCAUGACGUCUCUGCCGCCCAUCACCUCCGCGGUGAACAGCCCUAUAAGCAGCAUGGGCUCGCCCUUCUCAGUCAUCAGCUCCUCCAUGGGCUCGCCCUGCCUCCCAGGCACACCCUCCGUUGGCUAUGGUCCCAUCAGUAGCCCACAGAUGAGUAUCUAUACAAGAAGUUCAGAGAUCAACUCCACGGUGUCCAUGUCGGGCCUGCACGCGGUCAGCAGCUCAGACGAUGUAAAGCCCCCCUUCGGCCUUAAGGCUCUGUCGGCCAACAGCCCCGGGGGGCCAAUGAUGUCCCAGAAGCGCCUGUGCGCCAUCUGCGGUGACCGCUCCUCCGGUAAACACUAUGGAGUGUACAGCUGUGAGGGCUGCAAAGGCUUCUUCAAGCGCACGGUGAGGAAAGACCUGAGCUACACCUGCCGCGACAACAAGGACUGCAUGGUGGACAAGCGCCAGCGCAAUCGCUGCCAGUACUGCCGCUACCAGAAGUGCCUGGCCAUGGGCAUGAAGAGAGAAGUGGUCCAAGAUGAACGACAGCGAUCCGUUCAAGAGGAGCGACAGAGAAACAAGGAGCGGGAAGGCGACGUGGAGUCCACCACCGCUGCCAACGAGGAGAUGCCCGUGGAGAAGAUUCUGGAUGCCGAGAUGGCCGUCGAACAGAAGACUGAACUGCACGCCGAUGGGAGCUCCGGGGGAAGCUCUCCCAACGACCCAGUCACCAACAUCUGCCAGGCGGCUGACAAGCAGCUCUUCACGCUGGUGGAGUGGGCCAAGAGGAUCCCCCACUUCUCUGAACUGGCCCUGGACGACCAGGUCAUCCUGCUGCGCGCUGGUUGGAACGAGCUCCUGAUUGCCUCCUUCUCUCACCGUUCCAUCACUGUGAAGGACGGCAUCCUGCUGGCCACUGGCCUCCACGUGCACAGGAACAGUGCCCACAGCGCAGGCGUAGGGGCCAUCUUUGACAGGGAGAAUGCGCACAAUGCUGAGGUUCGGGCCAUAUUCGACAGGGUGCUCACAGAGCUGGUGAGUAAGAUGCGUGACAUGCAGAUGGACAAGACUGAGCUGGGCUGCCUGCGCGCCAUCAUUCUCUUCAACCCAGAUGCAAAAGGCUUGUCCAGCCCCAGUGAAGUAGAGUUGCUGAGAGAGAAAGUCUAUGCGUCCCUGGAGGCCUACUGUAAACAGAGAUACCCUGAGCAGCAGGGCAGGUUUGCUAAGCUCCUCCUCCGACUGCCAGCCUUGCGCUCCAUUGGUCUGAAGUGUCUGGAACACCUGUUCUUCUUCAAACUGAUUGGUGACACCCCCAUCGACACUUUCCUGAUGGAGAUGCUGGAGGCUCCGCAUCAGCUCACCUAAACCGGCCUGACCCUGUCCGGCUUCAUCCACCUUCUCACCAGGGCUACCCGGCACCCUGCCCGCCUGUGGACCUCACCGAGGCCGCUGGUUAAAAGAGUUCCACUCACAUCCUACUCCGCUCCUCUUUCUCUUCUGUCUUUCCCCGUCUGCAUCCCUCUGUCAUCCGUCUCUCUCUCUCUCUCUCUCUCUCUCUCUCUCUCUCUCUCUCUCUCUCUCUCUCUCUCUCUCUCUCUCUCUCUCUCUCCUUUUCCCCCUAAGUUGGUAUUGCCCCAGAGAAAGACCCAACACUGUCGAAAAAAGAAAAAAAGCAGACAAAAAAAAAAUCACUUUUGUUUCCUCCUGAACUGAAAUAGUAUGUGAAGUUAAUACACACAGAAACCUUUUUUUUUUUUUAAAGAAUGUACCUAUAGUUCCAAGUACACCACAAACUUUGCUUAUUUUUUUCCUUUUACCUUUAGAUUACUGUUUGAGAGCCUCCUGAGGAAAUCGCUGGAUAAAUCCAGCCCCCUGUAACCCUGUGUGUUACAUGAGCAUACAAAAAUUAUGCUCAGUUUCCUUCUUUUUCUUUCCUUUCUGGACGGUUUGUUGGACUUUUGGGUUAAAACCCCCGAAGCCCUGCUCUCAGGGGGGAAUGAAUUUGCAUUGGACGAUUGCUUGACCUCUCCUCUGAACUCCUAUUGGCCGGGGUACAUCUGACGCUGACUGGCCCGACCUGGCCGCUAUCGAAUCUGGACGUGACCAGAACGUGACCGCUGCGUACAUGCAAUGUUCAGGCUUUAACUUUGAAUGAAUAUUUUCUAAGUACUGUACUCAUGAAAUGAGGCGAAACCUGUUUUUAAAGGCAGUGAAAAAAAAAAAAAAUCAGGGUUGCGCUUUGGUUGGCCCCGAACAAAACGCAAAGCUAAGGUUUUUGACUUUGACUAUUUGGAAAUGGUGUGCUGUUAAGGAUUUUUUUUUUUUUAAAGGCUGGACAUGAGUUUGCUUCAUGUCUGCGCAUGGAUGGGGCGGACAAAUCUUGUUCUGUGUUUUGUUUUUUUUUGUUUGUUUCUUUUUCAUUUUUAAUUGAGCCUUGUUACCGAGAGCCAUUUUUCUUUUUUCGCACCAUAUGCAAGCUUUUUCUCCCAUGAUCAUGUGCUGUUCUCCACACACGUUUAUCAGUUCUCACCACCACCAACCGUUAUGUACUCAAUACACAGUUCUGGACUUCUUAACUCUAACAUCCAGGAGAGAUAUGUAUCGCAGAAAACCUUGACCUUUGACACUGUAAUCCCCAAACAUCCAGCAUCUCUUCCAUGUUUCUGUGAUGAGUCACAUCACUUGGUUCUCUUUUAACUCUUGGCGAAGAGAGAGAGAGAGAGAAAGUUCCUCUGUGAAGAUUUUACUGUUGCAUCACAAACUGAAGAGGAACCAACCUCCUUACAUAUGGACACAUCCUUGUCUGCAUGCUAAAAUGGCGGUGUAAAUUUUGUCGGUUCAGGACUCUGGACUCAGAGUCUCUCUUCCAAGACAGUGCAGUCUAGCAGCCAUGUUGGAUGGAGUUCUAUUGCAGGACACAUUUAGUUGCUUGACAUACAUUCCAUUCCUACCGGUGCACUACUCUUGAGUGGCCCCACGUUUGACCCCAUGUUAGUGCUGUGACAGGUUAGUUUUACGACAGCUUGCUGCCCCUCACCUUGUAGCAUAGCCAAUGUAUCCUGAGAAUCAACUUUGCUCCAUACUCUGGCCUGCAGAACAGAGGCCGGUGGAGUUUCUUUCCGUUACGUCAGCCAUGGUUUCCGUUGUAAUCACAUCUGGAUCGGGUGGUUUCUUGAAGCUCGUCCCAUCAGUUAAGGCACGAUCAGCAGCAACGACUGUCUAUGCAUUCGGUAGGAGUAGAUGAUACUCACGUGCAUAAUGGUGCACAAUUUAUGCAAACAAAUGAAGACACAGUUGUUCACCGCACACACACGUCCCAAUAGACUGUAGGUUUUGAGGUUCAUGUUUAUAAGUGGUUGAAUUCUAUAAAGAUGAUAGUUGUAGACCAGCUCAGACAAUUUAGUUGUCUCCCUUGCUGAGUUUAGACCCAUCGUGGAGUGCUGGUGCUUAUAUUGUGAUCUUUUAUUCACUUUUUUAGAGCACCGGAUAGAUCACUGAAAGACGACAUGGUUGUAUUUACAUGAAUCAAAGAUGCAUCAAAAUCUGUGAUAAUUUAAGACAGAGGAGUAUUGAUAGAUGAAACUGGUUGGCCAUGGGGUUACUUUGGUGCUAAUUCCAGAAACAAGUUCAAGCAGGCACACAUGUCCGUUACAAUUGCUCACACACACACACACAGUCACACUUUCAUAUUGUAUGCAAGUAAACAGUCAGUCUCAGGCUGUCUUCAUUGUAAUUGCAAAUUCUACUGAGCAGAAAUAUUUAAAGGCAUAUAUCUUAUCACUGGAAGGGGGUGUGGUGAGGUCUUUUAGGUAUUGAAUGCAAGAGGCAGAUUCCAUCACAUGAACUGGCUAGGUUGGUGAUUUGCCGUUUUGAAGGUAAAAGCACCUGUGCUUCUGGAUGCGAGUGCUGUAAUUGACAGGUGAAAAGAAGCAGUUGUGGUGGUGUGUGGUUGAGUUUUUAGGUUGUGAAUGUAUAAGGGGCUCGGCAACAACUUCCUAUUGCAUCUCCUGCGUGAGUAUUUGGACUUACCUGAUGUUCCAAGUCAAUUCUGCAUGGUCUGUGUUCCAGGAAUUCUCUGUCGCUGAGAAAGCUUCCCCACUGUUAUCAGGCACACUGCUGGUUAUUAUAGGUGAUGAAAGUCUUUUUGUUGAUAGUUGUGUUUGGAGCUGGUUUGACAUCCUGCCGUUCAGUGGGACAGAGGUCCUGAAACUGAUGUCCUUUCCCGUUGUCACAGUAAACUGGAUCCAUCAUUACUCAGUAUGUGUGAUUGGGAGCCUCCCUCCAAAUCUAUCUGAUGUUACAGAGGAGGUUCCCUUAAUUGGGCGAGGCUCUUGUUUUGUGAUAUAUGUAUGUCGUUUGUUUGGUUUGGUUUUUUUUUUUUUUUUUUUUACCAGUGGGUACUCAGUCAUGAGUUUUUUUUUUUUUUUUUUUUUUUUUUAUUUCAGCAAUUAGUGGGCUUUUAUCUGUGUGGAACCAGGCCCUUUGGCAAAUUGAACGACUUGUGUUGAGCAUAGGUAUUUGGGAGUGGCAGCGGGGCAGGAUGGUUGGUGUUCAUUUGGGUAGAGCAUGGGAAGAGAAGAUGCCCACAGGUUGAUGACGUCAGCUCAGACCUUGUCUGAGUUGCAGCAGCCGUUCGAUUGUGGCGCCCCCUGUUGCAGUGGGUGAUGUUGCGCUGUCGAGGACUGCUAGGCGUGCCCGAGCUUGAGGUCUAUGCACAGAGACUUACCAUCCAGCCUCACACCCUUUUCCAUGCACACGUGUCUAUAUUUAUAUGUUUUUAAUCAUGCUUCGAAAAGAAAAGGAAAAAAAGAUUGGUCAAAAACGCCAAGCUGGUUAAUGUGACGCAAUGCUUAUUUAUGGAGCUGGAGCGCCCAAUAGCAACGAACAAAAAUUCCCACUAGUUUUGUUUGUGUCUUUCCUCCCCAACUCUCUUUCCACCUUACAGGACAACAACACUGCCAAAACAGAUGAUGCAAACUUUGAGGGAGGGAGGGAGGGCAGGGAAGGGACAAACCUUAAGCUUGCUUGUAUCUGUGGGCCUGGCUGUGCAGCUGAGCAGUCACACCCACCCCAUCCCCACCCCCUCCCCAUCCCCUCUUCAUAGAUGUGAAGCUCCAUAAAGCAGAGAGAGGGGCGGGGGGGGGUCAUGGAGAUUCAGGUGGAGGAGAGCUCCAACUGGUGCCCUCUCUUCCAAAUACCCUGGGUGCUUUUUUUUGUUUGUAUGUCUUUCUUUUAUUUUCUGCUCCUCUGCAGAAUGCCAGAAGAGUUAGGCCCCCCUGGCCUGUGAGAAUAUGCACGACAUUGUGGAUCCCUGCACCACCUAUGCCAAGGUGUAGAGUUUUAGGUGGUGGCUGGGACCUUACUUGUCUUGACUGUGUCUGUCACAAAAAAAAAAAAAAAAAAAAAAACUUAAAGAGUGUGUUUAUGUGUACACAGCGAUGGGGUGCACUGUGCCAGAGUGUGUUGGACUCUUAUCUUUUAAAAAAAAAAAAUGAAAAAAGAGAAGAAAAUUGUGAAUAUGAAUGAUUCUAUUCAGAACCUAAAGGUGCACCACAAGAGCCACACCUCUAAAGAGUGACCCCUCGCCAGGAAUGAACUUGAGAAGGGGUGGGGCAGGAGAGCCCCACCCCUUAUUGGGCGUGAUUUAUCUUUUCAGAGGCAAAGAUCGAUACACCUUAUUUGCAUAGGGUGAGACGGACUCUUGAGCAGGUAUUGAUAGUUUAAUGUUAAUCGAAUAAGAAAAAAAAGUACUAUUUGUUAUCUUUUUGUUUGGUUUUACUUUAGGCAUAGCAAUUUUUCUUCUCUUUUGUCUCCCACACAAAAAUAAAAUUAAGAAAGGAAAAAACGACACUGCUUCUUUGUCUGUCUGGCGGCUUCCACUACCUGUGCUUUCACAUCCGUGUGUCUCCAGGAGUAUUACAUGCGCAAGAACCCUUAUGUCCAGUGGGAGAGUCGCUUCUUUUUUCUGUUUCUCUUUUUUUUUUUUUUUUUUUUGUCCACUUCGUAUAUCUCUCUCUGACUCCAGCAUAAAUGUGGAAAUGAUUGAAUAUUUUUGUGUGUUUUGGGGGAAGAACGUGAAAAAGAAAUGAUUUCUCUUUUGUCAUUAAUUCUGAAACUGUUUCUGUUUGAUGUAUCAUGUCUGAGUAAAGAUUUUAAUACAGUA